CCCUUGCCAGAUUAUACCAUCUAUUCUAGUGGUUCACCUCCAUGCUCAUGUCUUCCCUGGGCAGCUCUGUCUGUGGAUUGGACCUGAUGUCCCCUGGCAUUUGGAGUUUGUCUUUGUGCUUUGGAUUCUUUGUUCUGGACAUCUUCCUUUAGGCUUUUGCACUCACCUGCUGCCUGUUUAUUUGCCGGUUUUAUUUCCUGUUUUUGUGAACUAUUUCCAUUGUGUGUUUUGUAAUGUUUACUGAAUAUCUCCACUAAUGACUUUAUUAAUCCUUUACCUGAGUCUGUCAUCUGCUUUUUGGAGUCCUCUCUGAAACCAAAAUCCUAACAUCAUGUCCGUCAGUAUGAAUGACAAUGCAGGAUCAGGAAGUGUUCCUUCACUCGUGCGCUGAUUGUGUAGGCAGCUGCCACCGCUGCUGUUUGCCUUCCUUUACACCACUGCUACAUCAGCAGCAGGACUCCGCUUUAACACACCUGCUGAAGAUCUCUGGCCUCCUGGACAAACACAUGGACACAGACACUUUCAGACAACAUGGGCUCCAGACUGAAACAAGAUCCUGAGCGAACCUUCUACUGGUUCUUUGAAGCAACUUGCCCAGUAGCCAGAGACAAAGAUCCUGGCGUACUGUUUCAGUUUCCAGAGGACUUCAGUGAUGAGGAGUCUUUUCAAACAUUACCCAGAUUCUGCUUCCCAUAUGACAUACAAAGAGUAAGGGAUGGACUGGCCGUGCAGCACUUUACCUUUGUUUUGACUGACCUUGAGGGAUGCCAGAGGUUUGGCUUCUGUCGUCUCACCAACAGCACACAUACCUGCCUUUGCAUACUCAGUUAUCUUCCAUGGUUUGAAGUGUUUUACAAGCUUCUCAACAACUUGGCAGAUUACCUCACAAAAGGACAGACCAGUGAGAUGAAAGCACUGCUGGCUGCGCUCUACAAGCAGUCCAUACCACUGGCAGCUGGAUCUGUCACUCUGCAAAUGGGAGGGAAGCUAUUGGUCAGCACAGAGGUGUCCCACCCUGUAGGACACCCAGAGGGACUAGAGGGGGUUCCAUACUUCAUCGCUCCAGACCCCAGAAGUCUCCCUUCCAUCCCUGAAAAUAGGAACUUGACAGAGCUGAUUGUGGCAGUAGAUGUGGGGAACCUGCUCCAGCUCUAUGCCAGCAUGCUGUUUGAGAGACGCAUCCUCAUUUUUGCCAGCAAACUCAGUACUCUGACGUCUUGUGUGCACGCACUCAGUGCUGUGUUAUACCCCAUGUAUUGGCAACACAUCUUCAUCCCUGUGCUGCCACCCCACCUACUGGACUAUUGCUGUGCACCAAUGCCUUACCUAAUAGGGGUCCACACCAGUCUAUCUGAGAGGGUGAGGAGUCGUGGGUUGGAGGAAGUUGUCAUUCUAAAUGUGGACACAAACACCUUGGAAAGCCCCUUUGAUGAUCUCAAAAGGAUACCUUCAGAUGUGAUGGCCAGGCUGAAGGUGUGUCUGAAGCGUCAGGCAGUGUCCCCUGGCUGUGGUGUCUCAAGGGCCUUCCUGAAAGCUCAGGCUCUGCUGUUUGGAGGCUACAGGGAUGCGCUGCAGUGUGACAAGGAGGGUGAAAUGUGCUUCAAUGACGAACUGUUUCUAGAUCACAAGUCUUCCAGUAUGAGGCAGUUCCUGCAGAGUGCCAUUCAUUUACAGUUCUUCAAACAGUUCAUUGAUGGUCGCCUGGAUAUUCUGAACAAAGGGAAGGAACCAGAUGACCUCUUUGAGGAGGAGAUCCUACAGUGUGAAACAGCUGCAGGGAGAAGCAAAUCGUAUCAGCAGUUAGUUGGCAAUUUAAAAAAGGGAGGAGGAGCACUCAUCCUUAAUAUGAAGUCCAAAGCAAACAUAAAGGCCAAGGGUCUCACUAAGUCUGGUUUUAAAAACCUGCUGAUGCACAAGCCCCAAAAUGAAGAACACACUCUUCAGAGAGGAGGAUCAGUGUCACAUCGUCGUGCCCAGUCUGACUGCUUGCAGAACCGUCUGCCAAUCACACAGCACUUUGGGAAGUCACGUCCCCGUCGGCCUGUUCACAAACAUAGGGCUCCCAGGGAUGAGCAGGACACAAAGGACACUGCAGAUACAUGGGAUGGAGCUGUGUCUGGGCCUGUGGUGGAGCCUGAAUCUGAGCUUCAGAAGGAUGAAGAAGAGGGGGAGGAUUCACUGCUGUGUGACCAGGAGGAGAUGGAUCUGCUUGGGGAGAUCUUUGAUACACUCAGCUCCCGGAGCUCUUACGAUCGUGGUGUGCUGUAUGGCACACGCAGCUUGGACCUGUUUGGACCAGACAGCCAUGACUAUAUCACAAAGCGAGGUUUUCCAGCCAACCCAAGCCAGGAGAGCCUGUCUUUGUCCAUAAGUGGCAGCGGGAGCCUACACAGUUGGAAUCUGGAAACUACAGAGGAGCUGUCAGACCAGACAGAAGACUCUGACUGGCUAUGCCUGGACACCAGCGUACCAGAGGAGGAGGGGACGGGCAGUCCGCUGGCAGUGUGUGAAAUGAGAGAACAAGAAGGCGGACUGAGGGAGAUCAGAGAUAUGCAGGAAGAAGUGAAGGUAAAAAUAAAUGGGAACCAAGAAGAAGAAACUGAUGAGAGAAACAACUUUAUGAAAGUGAAGACAGAGGAAGAUAGAGAGAAAGACGGUCAGGAAAUGAGAGUGAGUUUAACAGAGGACCCAGUGAAAGAACCCAUGGAGAAACAAGAGAAAGAAGAGUUGAAAGAAAAAAGGGCAGAGAUAUUUGAAGGACCUGAGAUGGAAAAAGGAACAAGUGAAAUGCUGAAAGGUGAUACAAGAGAAAAUGAAGGAAGAGAAGGACAGGAGGGGAAAGACAAAGAGGUGAAAGGAUCUACGAACAAACUAACACAACUGACAACCUCUAAGGACAACAGUGUGGAGGAGCAGCAAGGACAGGUGGACAAUCUGAAACCCACAACUUCUCCUGGGCCUCAGAACCCCACACCUCCAGGAGGUCACGAGAACAGGAGUGAAGCAGCAGUAAAGAAAGACACGCAAGAGGUGAGACAGACUCUUCCUAAAGUGCUAUCUGCUGUAGCACGCUUCCAGUCUCAGACAUACAGCCAGGGCGUUCAGGUGAAGUCCAGGGCCAAAGAACUGGCUGAGACCGAGAGUCCUUGCACCAUGUUUCAGAGCAGGGAGAAAACACAAGCUCAUCCGCCAUGCGAGUCAAAUAUAUCAGAGGAGAACAGCCACUUGGAGAGGCAUGGGGAGGAGGAUCUGCCAUCAAUCAAAGUAUCUGAACUUAAGAAGAGAUUUGAAGCUUAAAUAUAAGGCUGGUUCUAGGUUGCUACUAAAAAUGCUACUGAAGAUAUUUAAAGAUGGAAUAAAUAAUGUUCUUGUUUAUAUUCGGCUACCGAUUUAAUGUGCUAGUGAGUAUCCAUGGCAGCAGGAAGGUGUACUUGGGUCGAAAUACAAACUACAGUGUGUGCGAUCAUUGUAAAGGAACAUGCUGCCCAUUGUCACAGAGUGGCUCACCGUGUUUUUCGCCAAUGUUCUUUUGGGGUCUUUCUGUGGGACUUAAGAUUGUUUUUUUUUUUUUUUUU